AAACCACAAAUUUGGGCAUUGUUGCUCAUUAUUGGAAUGUAUGUUAUAAUUUGAAUAUCUGAAGUUAGUGAUUUUGUACAGUGGUGAAGGUUAUAUAGCAUUUGCUCCGAUUUGUGGUUUAAUUCCUAGGAAGUGAUUGAUUUUACUCCAAUCGCUGAGUAAUUAGAAUUUGUGUUAUUGUCCUAACCAUGUAAAGCCACGGGUAUGCUGUGGUAAUUACUGGGGAUCAAACCAUCCUUUAAGAAUCUUCUUCAUCUGCGAGUUGGGUACUGGAUCUCCCAAAAAUAUUUUGUUAUUGAACGGUUCCAGAAGACGGAGAAUGAUUCGUUAUUCAGCCUCUGACGCGGCUGCAAAGCCUUCAAGAAUGUCUGGUACACUUGGUAGCCUUCACUUUUGUUGUCUAUCAUCAUCUUGUGGAGUUAACACACCCGAGCAUGGAGGCUAAGCCCAGAGUAUCCAGGUUGAGGAUGGACCCAAUAACAUUGUCGACACCUUUCUGCUCCACGACCAUGUGCCCAAUCCAUAGCCCGAAGCAGAAGUGGAACCUGCUGUCAAGAAGCUUGCCAUUUCACCAAUGCUCUCAUAGAUGAUGUAUAAAAAUCAUGGACAGAAUUAUGUCUUCUCACUAUGGAUGGGUUUCUGUGAACCGGUACUGCCAUGAAGGAGCCGUUGGUAGUCCCCAGGAGGUUCCAUGGGAUUGGCAUUCUAAUCAUCCCCCUGACGCUGAUGAGUUUGAUGAGGUAUACGUCAAUGCGGAAUACCUCGAUGACGGAUACCUUGAGGAUGAAUUACCCCAGGAAGAAUCCAUGGAUGUGAGUGACGAGGUAGUCAUCCCCAAGACAAAAGCUAAGGCAAAGACAGGUGCUAUCAGGAAACCAAGGGCGUCAUCUUCGCGAAUGAAUACAUCUGAAUCGUCCUUUCAAGGCCCCGAACACUCGUUCAAUGGCACAUCUUGUUUUGCAAUGUCGACGAGUAUACCUGUAUUGAGGGGUAUUCUCGGCUGCAUCGACGAUUGGUAUGAGGAGUAUGGGCGACCGGAUGAUGGAGAUACAGACAGUGCCGACGAUGAAGCUAGACAGAAUGUAUGA